AUGUUUAUAUCAAUUCAAACAAUAUGUACUUGCCAUGGAUAUCUUCUAUUUGAAUCGCUCCAUUGUGAACGAUGUCGUUCACUGAUUCCAUUUCAACUUACAGAUGAAUCUUUACUUGAUCCAGUAGCAACACACAAUAUCACUAAUGCGAUUAGUGUUGAUAAUCAAGGUAAACCACCACCCGGUAUGCUUGUACCAUAUCGUCAACAACAACAAAAACCAACAACAACAGGACGUGUUCGAUUUCGAGUGUUAUGUCCAUUUUGUAAUAGUUCAACAUUUAUUAUACGUUACUAUUGUAAACGUGAACGAAUUUACUAUCAUUUACGUAUACAAAACCGAGGUGAAAAUGAACAAAAUAUAUAUAAAUCAAUAGCUGAUACACAAAAUUUGAUAAGUAUUGAUGAAUAUGGAAUAAAACGUGAUCAAUCAGAAAAUUCACCGGUCGAUAAUGCUGAUGAUUCAUAUUCACUAAGAAGUUCAACGUCACGAUCAGCACCAACAACUGUUAUAUAUGAUCAAAAUGGUAUAUCGAAUGCAAGAGAGAAACAAAUUGAAAAUGAACGAAAUCUAUAUGGAUUCAAUGAACUAGAAGGUGAUCUAUUUAGCGUAUUAAGAAAUGGUUUAUUUUAUGAUACACUAAUUCAAUGUCAGGAUGAUGUUAAAUUGCAAGUACACCGAUGUAUUCUUGGUGGUCGAUCAUCAUGGUUUCGUCAUCUUCUUGGUGAAUAUCAUGAUUCAAAUACAAAUGAUGAUUAUGUUUUACAAAUAAGUAUCGAUGAUAUUUCUUCCGACGUUAUGAAUGAAAUAUUAAAUUUUAUCUAUACAAAUCGUUGUUUAAUUAGUUUAAAAAAUGCAGCUGAUUUAUUAAUAGCAGCAAAACGAUUUGAAUUAGAAAAAUUGAAGUCACAAAUAGCUGAUUUUCUUUUGUAUCGUUUAACAAUUGAUAAUGCUAUUGAAAUGUUAAUAGGUGCACAUGAAGCUGGUUCCGAUGCACUUAAAACAGCAUGUAUACAUUUAAUUAAUCGAAAUGCCGAAAAAAUUAAACGCACAGAAAAAUGGAAAGCAUUUAAAUCCCAGUAUAUUGAUCUUAUACCUGAAUUAUAUGAAAAUCGAGUUGAAAAUCCAACACCUGUACCACAAGCAUUCUUACCUGAUGUUUUUACACCACAAACAUUUCCGUCCGAUUCCAUACGUGCAUUAAGUCGAUUAUAUGAAAAUCCCGUACAGCAACGAAUUGCAACACCUCGUGGUGGACGUCGACCAUCAAGAUCUCGACAAAGUAUUCCACCUCAUCUUUUUAAAUCAAUGGAAUUAGCUCAGCCAAAUGAGUAUGCAACAGACAUGCCUACUGGUUCUUAUCCACAAAGAAUACCGAAGAAUAUUCGAAGAUCUUCGCCGCAAAAUGCGCGUACUAUGUUACCAAAUAUUCGACAAAACUCAGAAGUUGAUGUUUACCGCCGUCCAGUUAAUCUAUUUGAACCAAGUCAAACUAUACCAGCGAAUAAUCAACGCACUUUCUAUACGAAUGCUCCACGAAGAGGAGCACUUAGAAAAGCUGGCUCACCAAGAUAUCCUAUCAAUGCUCCGAGAAGUCCACCCAUAGAAAAUACACAGGCUGAUGAUGAUAUAACGUUAACACGAGUAGUUAGUAUAGAACCUGCUGACUAA